AUAUAAUGCAGUGCUAAAGUACCCUUCAAUUGCUACGCUUCGGUACUUACAUCCGUGUAAGGUACAUGUAUUCAAUCCGAUCAACCUUUCAACCUUUCAACCAAUUUGAUGAUAUUCGCAGCCUCGACCGUCGCCCAGUUAAAAAGGUGACUCAAUCUUACGUGCCUCUCCGGGGACGGCACUAGUUUAACCAACAACUAUGAUAUGGGGUUCGACGUCUUGUGAGGUUAGGAUAGCGGAGAGAACCUAGGUUGUCGCAAAAUUGUAGGGGGCGCAUUGGGGGAGUUGGGGGAGUUCUGGAGUUGUCAUGGCUAACAACGUGGGAUGGCGCGACUUCAAAGCCCAAUUCCUAGCUUAUGCCAUAGUUUGCGGUCUACUUGCGAUCUUCUUCCUACUAUACUUUAAUAGAGUUUUCGCCUCGAUCGUCUCCUACAUUAUCCGAGCCUACACGUGGCAUCGAUACCGAGUCUAUAUCGACAUCCAAGCACUACAAUGGUCCUUACUUGGUGGCCGUGUCUUCUUUACUGGUCUUCGAUAUCAUGGAAAUAAUGAAACUAUUUUUAUUCAGAAUGGACACAUCACCUGGUCAUACUGGUUGCGGAGGGUACGGGAUGUUGGGCUGGGCAACGGCAAAAGCACCAAGGAGCCCGCAGACGGCAACAUAUCAGAUGCUAGGAAACAAGCUGAACUCCCCUGCCGCGUCAAUAUCAAUGUUUCUGGGAUCGAGUGGUUCGUGUAUAACCGUAGCGCUGCCUACGACUCUGUGCUUGAAGCGUUGUCUGUACCACCUCAGUCACAACAUGAAGAUACGCUCGACGGAACUGAGAGCUUAGCAAAUACCUCCGCUAAGCCACGGCAGCGACUUCGCAAGUCCCAUGAGAAGGCUGAACAUGUUGAAAAAGCCGGGCAAGAGUACAAUGAUGGGAAAGAUGGCCUUGAAGCUCGUCCCCGAAGGGUGUUCAAAUCCACGUCUACUUCCGAUGGUGACUUUGAAACGGCGAAUAAGGGGGAAUUGCCUCAAAUUUUGCAGUUGUUACCAAUCCAUUUCAGGUGCGAUAAAGCAGCGCUUGUUAUGGGGAAUGAGAAUACGAAGGCUAUUCUUAUUGUAAAGUCCCAAGGCUUGUCUGGAGAAAUAGAUGCGAUUGAUUGCCAGACUCCCGAUCCCUAUCGACAGUUGUUCAAGAUACACUUUGACAAUCCAGUACUUGAAAUGAAGGAAAAUGUUGGGUUCAAGGAAGAGCAGCUCGCCAGAGCUGCCAAGGACGAACAAGCCGCGAAAGCCUCUGGUCCUACACCGCGAAGGCCAUUUUUUCAAAGACAUCGCCGUAGAAUGGUUGGGAAAGUACGGAACAUGGUUCCAUACUGGCGAGGGUCUGUAGAAUCCUUUUCGGCAAAUUCGCAAGAUGGAGAUGGCACCAAUGCAACUCGCAUACCUGGCUCUAGUCAAUGGCAAGGACUUUCUCGGUAUCUCAAUGACGACGAUGAUGGCGAUAGGCUUCGAUGGUCAUCGGUUGAGUAUGCCAAGCUCAACCCGGUGGUUGAUAGCCCAAAAGGAACGUUGACAAUACUCUGGGAUGUUCCCGGAAAAGUGUCGCCGCGGGGCGUGGUAUAUUCAUCAAAUGGCGGAGAUGGCGCAUCCGAUGACAUUAACGGAUCUGCAGCUCCAGCCUGGGCGAUUAAUUUAUCUUUGAGCGGCGGUACGAUCAACUACGGGCCCUGGGCAGAUAGACAACGAGCUGAACUCCAAAGAGUAUUCUUCCCAAGCUUGUGCAAAGACGCGACACCUGCCCAGAGGCUGCCAUUCGGCGCAGAUCGCGUACCUACAAGAUUUAAUUUUUAUUUGCAAUUUGACGAGGAUGUUAUUCUCAGGGUUCCUACCCGUGAGGACUCCAAGAAUUGGAAAUGGAAAAAUGAGGCGCUCGCAUUGAGGCAACCUCAGAAGCAGGGUAAUCGGCGUGAGGGAGACAGGGAUCGAAAGCCCACCGCUACCACGGCUGCAGAACAGCGCCCGAUCGGGUGGCUCGACAUCAAGGUUUCGUCGAACGCUACUAUCUCGUAUGAUAUGGAUAUGCUAGCUAAGUCAAACGGGUAUACGAAUACUCUAAAAAUCGAUCUUCCCGCAACUGAAGUCUCGACUAGCGUGAACCAUGGACUCCUGUGGCGAUCUAAACGCCUGCAGAUAUCCUGCGACUUGUCUACGCCUCUGAAGUGGAAUGGCCUCCGGACUUGGCGUUUUGACGUCGAAGGUGACGAGCUCGAGCUUUUUAUCUUGAGAGACCACAUCUUUUUGCUCAUAGACCUCAUAGACGACUGGGGAAGCGGGCCACCGUCCGAAUAUCUCCUAUUUACUCCCUUUAAGUACCUUCUCAACUUGCGACUUCUCAACUUGAAGCUUUACCUUAACGUCAACGAUGUGAAUAUCGUUAAUGAUCCAAUCAACUUUGAGGAGAACACGUAUCUAGUCUUAUCUAGCCCGUGUCUGGCGGUAGAUACUUGUAUACCAUUAGAUGUCUAUCAUCCAACCAAAAAUGCAAUACCCUUCAAGAUUGUGGCCGAACCCCUACAUCUUGGCCUACAUGUACCACCGUGGAAUACUCAGGCAACUUUUUUGGCUUCGAAAGACAUAGGACAACUCGAGAGUCUAACAGUCCAAGGAAGCUAUCAUUACAAUGCAACAACUUCGCCCGCAAACACUGACACGCUUGUCCUCGACGUCUCUGGCCAGUCUCUCACUGCGUAUAUCUAUGGCUUCCUUAUUCGCUAUUUCUUGCAAAUGAAAGACAACUAUUUUGGCGACAACAUUCAUUUUAAGACACUAGACGAGCACCAAGAAGCGUUACGGGCCAAAGUAGCGGAUCCAGAUGCUCAACCUAAAGAUCGUCCUCCUUAUAAGAAGUCAAACGACUUGGACGUAAUAUUAAGCAUCCGUGCAGAUGAUCCCAGGGUGUUUUUACCUGCUAAUAUGUACUCUGCAAAGCGUUAUAUCUCCAUCGAGGCUGCCUCCCUAGCUCUUGAUCUUCGAUUUACAAAUUAUUAUAUGGAUCUCCAUCUAUGCCUUAGUCCCCUAAGUCUGUCCCCCGGGGAUGACGAAGAAGGUCCCACUAGCCCAACGAGUGCUGUUCCAAGCACUCAGUUAUUCAUUGACGGCUUAAAUAUCCAUGGGCACCGUCUGUUCGGCCUCCCACCUAUUGAGCCGACAUACCUAUGUAACUGGGACAUGAAAGCCGGAUCAGUCACUGGGGAUUGCUCAACUGACUUUUUGACUACUCUUAUAAGGGCAGGGAAAGCAUUUGGCUUUACUCUUGAUGACGACGAGAACGCGUUGGUCCCCUUUUCUUCCAUUAUCGUGUACGACGUGACGUUUCUACGCGUCUUCGUCGAAUCAGUUCAGGUUUGGGUGCACGUAGAUGAGGCGGCGUUCUUGUUUUCCACCGCGACAAUCGAUGUCCAAUUCAACGAUUGGGCUCGAACGCACUACUCCAGGCGUGCCGAUAUAAAGGUACCCAACCUUGAGAUUGCUUGCGUUAACUCAGAAUCAGCAACGAGAUAUAGGUCACGACCUCGCUCUCUUGUUGAUACAGAUGUCUUCCUCCGAACAAAUAUACAUUUUGCGCUUAUUGGGCGCAAGUACGACUUCGCGCAGGAGAGACAAUUGCAACAGGAACUUAUACGCCGCCAUGACCAGCGAACACAUCGGGCAGACUUCUUGCUACUACCAGAUCUUCUAAACGACUUCGCAUCCGACCCUGUAGAGAACCCAGCGCAAAGUGUCCCACCGGUUCCCCAGCCGGCUCUGUCUAAGCCUAUCACCGACAAAGAGUCUAUAUCAUCUCUGAGUCCCUCGAACCGCUCUGCCAAGCUUCGUCGAAAAAACUCAUUCCUUUCGUUGACUAGCUCGUAUAGUGGGAGCAUCCGACGACCAGGCUCUAUCAAAACAACGCAACGAUCCCGGGCCUCGGGCCAUGUAGCUCUAAAUUCCGUGUCGCGUACGGAUAAUAUACCCAGACAAACCCGUCAUGCUCGCGAACCUUCGACGCCUUUUAGCGCCUAUGGCGAAGUCGGAGACAGUAGGGAACCACCGCAUAGUAGCAUAACCUUCUCAAGUCAAUACUUUGCCCCUUUAUUUCCUCUACAAAACGUUAGACCAGACACCAAAGAAGCAGUACUGCAGAGUAUCGAAGAUGAUAAAAGCAGCACUCUAGACUCUUCAGAUUUUAGUCUAGACAAUCUACCGCCCGACCAACUAAGCCAGAAUUGUGCUCACCAGAGCCUACUGCUUGAGCUUCCCUCUGGGAUUACUGUUUUUCUCAACGCCCCAUCUUUACGGUCCAUAGCAUCCUUGAUACGAGCCUUGCCACCUUCCGAUCCAGAGGAUAUCCUUGAUACUCUACAAAUAGAAACGGUGACGGAUAUAUUUGAUACGCAAAAGCAAGAGAAAGUAAACGGAACCAUCACGGACUUUAUUGUCCGAUUACCGCAAGCAAACUUGCGCUUCUUGAACUGUUCCAGUAUCGACUCUACUGAUCCAUCACAAGAGCCGCAGGAUCAAUACGAUGUAUCGUUAAAGCACAUUGUAUUGGCUACUCGAUCCGGACCACCAGCCGACGAGGUUGGCGAUAACGGAAAUUCGCGGUUGUCAUUCCAUUUCCGGCUAGCUUCUAUGCAGGUGUCAGCUGCGGAGAGACUUGCAAACCUAGACCAGACGCAAGCUGCUGUUUUGGCUAAAGUAGAGAGGAUUAUGGUAUCUAUGGGAACGAAAGAGGUGAACUAUAUCGAUGUAGACGUGGGCGCUAUACAAGCUUCUUCGUCUUCGGGCAAGGUAGAAUACCUCGCCUCACUAAUUCAUAGGACGAAUGUGCUUGCAUCUGAAACCGAAAGGCUUUUCUCAGAAACUCUUUCAGCUGCGGGCGAUCGUUCGAAGCAAUUCACAUACCAUGUAAUAAGUAGAGGGCAGCAAGCGAGCGAUGCUUCUUUUGUUGUUAGGCCGUCAGCUGUCCUACGGACGGCUUCUAAGCACAUUAGAACAUACGAUUCUUGGAAAUUAGCUACAAGACUACGCCAGAUGUGGUCCGCGCUAGAUGCCGAUACCAAAGAAAGCCUGAGGAGGGACUGUCUGUUCGGGUUUUCGCACCAACCCGCUGACAUGAGACAACAAGUCACAGCUGCUUUCGAGCGAUGGCGCAGCUGGGAUCUUGAGGAUCCAAUGCAUGCAGUGCUCUUGAAUAAUAUUUUUGGUAAAGUGUCUGAGCCGAGCGCAGAUGCGUCUAAACGAAUCCCUAUUAUGGUCGUAGCCAGGAUACAAGAAAUCCAAUUCCUACUUGACCCCGGGCCGAAACAAAACGAGGCUAUUAUAAUAGAUCUCACUGUGAGAGUCCAAGAGAGAAGUAGUAGCAUCGAAACAGUUGACGAGAAGCCUGUCGAUAUUGGAGGGCCCUUCACACUUGUCAAUGUGUACUGCAGUGAAGCUAAAUUUAAAGCCAAUUGGGAGCUUUAUGAGCUUGCAAAUGACAUACUACGGCUUUACAAGAACUCAGAGUCUUCAGUAUCCGAAGAAUCUCCACCCAAUCAACAGGAUAUAGCUAAACCCGAGUCGCGUCACCCACUCCAUGUGGUAUUUGUGCUAGGAGAAGGGAUAAUAUCCCUAGAAGCUAUCAACUUGAGUACCAGGUUGCAAAGCAACGAACUCAAACUUUCAAUACUUACAACCAGCGGCGCAAAUGGUACUACGAAUUCAAACCUAAUACUGAGCUGCGAUUCAGCUUCUACCAGAAUUAAAAGCCAUUCACAGGUGCUAGCCACCGCGCGACUUCAACGCCCAAGCGUUAUUAUUGCACAUGAACUGCAAUUUGGCGGGCAAUCCUCAAUACAUACUAUUAGGUCAGCAGCUAGCAGCCAAGACCUUGAGUUUAUUGUGAAGCAGGAUCCGAUCGUGUUAGCUGAGGUUUUAGAUUUGCUGGUAAGGGAUGAGGUUACACAACUAUACGCUCUGGCACAAAGAUUUCCUUCGUCUCCCGAGCCUGAGCCUGAGCCUGAGAAGCGUACAACGGCUGAACGCCUCUCAACGAUCCAAGUUAAUUUGGCUAUGUUUCUGGAUUCUUAUACGAUCUCACUGCCAUUGCUACGGUCUCUCACCUAUACCAUCUCAGGAGUCGUGGCAAGAGCAAAUAUGGCUGCUAAUUUUGGUAAGGAGGUCAUCCUAGACUUUGAUAUAAAGGAAAAUUCGCACGAUAUGCGAAUUGAAGUCAAUAAUACCCCACGCAGCAUCUCCCUACUGCAGAUUCCCCCAACGAACGGUCGCGUAACUAGUCACAUGGCUCCGGGAGAGCACUUAAUCACAGUUCUGGCAUCGAUGGAACUUGUGCACUUGGAUGCUUCGGCCGUCUAUAGCUUGCUUACAGCUCUCAAUAGACCUGAGAUUUCAAAUGCGAUCAACGACCUUCAAGAACAAGGCAGGAUAAUACAAGAGCAUAUCAACGAAGUGUUUGGCUCUGCCGAAACCGAGCCCACAAAGCCAGCCUCGCCUACAUUCAGCAUCUCGAAACUUACGUACUCCGUCCAUAGCAGUAUUGCGGGACUUGAGAUAUGGGGUAAUGCGCCGAUCAAAUCGGACACCGAACCAUUUGCGCGUCUAUCGUUUUGUCUGGAUGCUGUACAAAUGCAGUUAACAAACAAGAUAGAUGGAGGCCCGAUCCUAGAGAACCCCGAGAUCCACAUCAACCUCCGCCAGAUCAUGUUUAAUAUUGAGAAAGGCUCCAUGGAAAAGAUGAGGUCCUGUGGUAAUCUUUCCCUGGGCGCGUUAAUCACAGCGACAAGCCGCGAAUCAGAAGAUGGAACAGAGGUGAGAUCUUUUGACUUCAAAUCCGAUGGAUUCGAAGUCAACCUCUCAUCGGACACUGUGUCAACAUUUGUAGAUGUUCUCGGCUAUAUGGGCGACAAGAUCAAAAACCUUGACACAUCCCGCGAAUUAGAAUACUUACGGAAGUUGAGGCAGUCGAAGCCUCGCAUUGCUAUUAACGAUGAAGAGCAGGAAACGGAAAGCGAUAUAUUAGAUUCGUUCCUUUCAUCAAUCAUGUACUCAUUUGAGAUACGGAAUAUACAAUUCUGUUGGCUUGUCUCUUCUCCAAAUCAGCCGACGGUAGGCCAAGAGGACUUAGUAUUAUCCUUUAAACGAAUCGAAUUCGCCACGCGCAAGAAAAACUCGGCGAAGCUGACUAUCGAAGAUUUCCAGCUACAGAUGGUUCCACUAGGCCAGGAUAAAUCUUCCCGCUCUCUAAAUUCGGCGCUCCUACCAGAGGUGAUUUUCAAUAUUGCUUUCGUCUCAACCGCAAACGCCCGCCGGCUAGCCUUCCAGGCAGUAGGAAAGUCGCUAGAUUUACGACUAACCUCUGCUUUCAUCGUCCCGGCAGCGCAUCUCCAGGACUCGAUCAGCUUAUCAGCGAAGAAUGCGCAACGAGCUUCAGAGCAGUGGGCACCGAUAGUUAUGCCAGAGAAGCAGAUCUCCCGGCCAGACCAGACCGUCGAGACGAGGCGCUCGUUAUUCGGGAGUCGGAGACUUGAAUCACUUCUGAUCGAUGCUGACUUUGCGGGAGCUGUGGUACACCUCACCGGGAAACGAUCGUCAGACGACUCGACUGGCUCUAGAUCAGACCGUCCCGUGCUGGCCGGCAAAUAUGGGCAGUUUAGCACAGAUGAGGCUGGUAGCAGUAUGGUACUUCGCACCCCUGGCUUAGCGUGGAAGACGGAAUAUAGAGAUAACGGUCAAGAAGACCCGACUCUAUACGGCGAGGUUAAGGUCGAUCCAUCGGACAACACUCUCUACCCGACUAUUGUUCCUCUUAUCAUGGAUAUUACUUCUAGUAUUAAAGAAGUGGUUGGGGAUGACGCUUCGGAAUCACCAAUGUCGCCGCCGCCAGUGCCGAGGGAAGAGUUAGAUAAAUCGAAGUCAGCCAGCGAGGAUAAGCCAAAAUCCGCCAAUGAAGACAAUAUUCUCACGGCUGAUCCAAGCGCCGUCCUUGGGCGUGUGAAAUUAAACCUAGGCCUACGCAUUUGCCAACAAAAGUUCACUUUUAGCUGUCAACCCAUUGGCCGUGUUGCUGCUACGGCACGGUUCGAGGAUAUCUAUAUCACGAUGAAUACCAUUCAGGCAGCGGAACAAGGGAACUUCUUCGCCAUCUCAGGUACAUUUAAAGGAUUCCAUACGUCCGUGCAACACGUGUACUCGAGGGAGUCUACUGGUAGCUUCCAAGUCGAAUCUAUCGUGCUCUCGAUGAUGAACAGCAAACACGUUAGCGGCACGAGUGGUAUUUCUGCCAUCCUGAAGGUCAGCCCGAUGGAGGUAGCGAUCAACGCCAAACAGAUUCAAGAUUUCCUACUCUUCCGAGAAAUAUGGAUCCCAGGAGAAGUGCGACAGGGUACAGCAGCGCCCGUUGCGCCGGUGGUAGCAGAGACAGUCGCCCAAGGACACCUUGUACAGAGAUACCAGCAAGUUGCCGCCACAGCAGCAUUCCCAUGGACAGCUACUCUCUCGAUCGAGGCUCUUAAUGUUGUCGUCGAUCUCGGGCAAUCCCUCGGGAAAUCAAAAUUCGCUAUAUCCGAGUUCUGGGUUUCGUCAAAGAAGACGUCGGAUUGGGAACAGAAUCUCUGUUUGGGAUUUGAAAAGAUCGGCGUGGAUUGCACGGGCCGGUUAAGCGGAUUUGUUGCUCUCCAGAACUUCAAAUUACGCACGUCCAUUGAAUGGCCAGAACGCGAGCAGGCAUUAAACGAAACACCGAGGAUCCAGGCUUCGAUCAGCUUCAGCCAAUUCAGACUGAAGACUGCAUUUGACUAUCAAGCGUUUUUGGUCGCAGAUAUCACAAGUAUGGAAUUCCUGAUGUACAACGUGCGCGAGGAGAAGACAGCGUCUGGGGACCGGCUUGUAGCAAUUCUUGAUGGAGAAGCCGUCCAAGUAUUUGGCACUACAACAUCGGCAGCUCAGAGCGUCGCGUUAUGGCAAGCUAUCCAGAAGCUUAUACAGGAGAGAGUAGCAAGCUACGAGACAUCACUGCGAGAUAUCGAGAAGUUUACAAAACGGAAAUCAAUCUCGAACCAGCCGUCCGUUCAGCAUAUCGUCCCAAGCAAACCAGACACAGACAAAUCUGACAUGAAAUCCCCUAUAUCCCUUAACACGGAUGUGGUGGUGACGCUAAAGGCAGUUAAUCUCGGUAUUUUCCCGAGCACUUUCUCAGAUCACCAGGUCUUCAAACUAGAGGCUCUGAACGCACAGGCAAGAUUCGCCGCGAGCAUGGAAGACAAACGAAUUCACAGCAUCCUGGGCAUGACUCUCGGGCAACUGCGUAUAGGUCUCGCAGGGGUGCGUACAGUCGAGGCGCCCAAAGCCAGCAGCGAAAUCUCGGUAGAAGACGUCGUAGCGAGCGCCACGGGCUCGAGGGGAGGAACCAUCUUAAAGGUACCCAAGGUCGAGGCCAUGAUGCAGACAUGGCAGAUUCCGGAGUCUCGCACGAUCGAGUACAUAUUCAAGAGCUCGUUCGAGGGCAAGGUGGAGGUGGGCUGGAACUACUCGCGCAUCAGCUUCAUCCGGGGCAUGUGGGCGAACCACAGCAAGGCGCUGGCGCAGACGUGGGGACGGGAGAUCCCGACCAUGUCGGCGAUCAAGGUGACGGGGGUCCCCGAGGCUGAGCACGAGGGGGGAGGGCGCGGGGAAGGAGGCGAGCGGCAGAAGAUCACGGCCGAGGUCAACGUCCCGCAGUCCAAGUACGAGUAUAUCGCGCUCGAGCCCCCCCUCAUCGAGACCCCGCAGCUCAGGGACAUGGGCGAGGCCACGCCGCCGCUCGAGUGGAUCGGCCUGCACAGGGACCGCCUCCCGAACCUCACGCACCAGAUCGUCAUUGUUUCCCUACUGGAGCUGGCGGGCGAGGUCGAGGAUGCGUAUGCGAAGAUUCUGGGGUCGUCAUAAGAAGGGGAGAGGAGUAGCAAGCAACUAAUGAGAAUGCAGUAAGAAUGCAGUAUAUAUAAUUAGGUAUUUACCUAACCUGAUAAGGGGAAGCGGUGGUAGGAGAGAAAGGGCUGUUGUAUUUAUUUCUUUUUCCUUUUAUUUUUCCCCCCUUUUUUUCGUAUCA